AUCAAUUCAUUGGUUCGGAUUAUGUUAUGAUUUAGGUAGGGUAUUUGGGUAUGGAGGAUGGAUGGAUGGAUGGAUGAUGUAUCUUCUUCUGGUUCAUUGAACCAAAGAGGAAGAGUUUACAUCAAUGGAAGGAAACGAUGCAGUUUGUUGUUUAGAGAUCCUAAUCCUUAUGGCGAUGCAUUAUUGUUCGUGUUGAAAUUGUGAUAAUUUUAUCUGUGGACGCAAAGUACAGCCCCGUUUCACUUUAGAUGUCGACUUUCUAGUUAGAUGCGUAUUUGGAUUGCUGGCUCUGACUAAAUUUAGCACCGUAGCAACAAACAGAACUGCCUAUAAAAGGGCCAUAAAUCAACGUUAGCUUGCCCUUUCAUCGUCUAAACUUUAGAUUUAUUAGGGUUAAGAUUGUGGCUUCACACUAGUUUCAGAAAUAGCAUAGAUAAAUCCUUCUCGACAGAUUAUAUAUUUUUUUUUAUACUAUCAAGUACCAGAAUCAGGUAGCAUUAUUCUCUGUUAUUACAGCAUAUUUCGCUGGUAUCCCUAGGCAUUGUAAUUAGAAUGUGCUUUCUCUCACAAUGAUAAAAUCACAAACAUAUGCUGUGCUUCAACCAGACCUUCUAACCUUUCUUCUUAUCAUAUUUUCUGCAGGUGCUGCUGUCAUAACCAAGAAUGGGUGCCGGUGGCAGAAUGUCCGUCCCUACAUCCAAGAAGGAGGUGGAUUCCAGCACUCUGAAGCGAUCUCCCUACUCAAAACCUCCAUUCACACUUGGAGAGAUUAAGAAAGCCAUCCCACCACACUGCUUCAAACGCUCCAUCCCUCGCUCGUUCUCCUUCGUCGCAGUCGACCUCAUCAUCGCCUCCAUCUUCUACUACAUCGCCACCACCUACAUUCCGCUCCUCCCAGCUCCCCUCUCGUACCUCGCCUGGCCUAUCUACUGGGCCUGCCAAGGCUGCGUCUGCACCGGCAUCUGGGUGUUGGCACACGAGUGUGGCCACCAUGCCUUCAGCGACUACCAGUGGCUCGACGACACGGUGGGCUUCAUCCUCCACUCUUGCCUCCUCGUCCCGUACUUCUCCUGGAAGCACAGCCACCGCCGCCACCAUUCCAACACCGGCUCCAUCGACCGAGACGAGGUGUUUGUCCCCAAGCAGAAGUCGCAGAUCGGCUGGCACUCAAAGUACCUCAACAACCCUCCUGGGAGGGUCCUCACUCUGGCCAUCACUCUCACCCUCGGAUGGCCACUCUACUUGGCGUUCAACGUCUCAGGGAGGCCUUACGACCGAUUCGCCUGCCACUACGAUCCUUAUGGUCCCAUCUACAAUGACCGCGAGCGGAUGGAGAUUUACUUAUCCGAUGUGGGCAUCCUAGCCGUCUGCUUCGGGCUCUACAAGCUCGCCGUCGCCAAGGGUCUGGCGUGGGUUGUGUGCGUCUAUGGAGUCCCUUUGCUGGUGGUGAAUGGAUUCCUUGUGCUGAUCACAUUCCUGCAGCACACUCACCCAUCGUUGCCGCACUACGAUACCAAGGAGUGGGAUUGGUUGAGAGGAGCUCUGGCGACCAUGGACAGAGACUACGGGUUCCUGAACACGGUGUUCCAUAACAUCACCGACACCCACGUGGCGCACCAUCUGUUCUCGACGAUGCCUCACUACCAUGCGAUGGAGGCUACCAAGGCGAUCAAGCCGAUACUGGGUGAGUACUAUCAGUUCGAUGGGACCCCGUUUAUCAAAGCGAUGUGGAGGGAGGCCAAGGAGUGUGUCUAUGUUGAGCCGGAUGAAGGUGAGCAGAGCAAAGGCGUGUUCUGGUACAACAACAAGCUGUGAUGGUUUUUUAUGCAGGUUCCCCUGUCUGUCUUUGGUUAAUGCUUGCAGGACUUGUGUUGUGUUGUUGUGUCUGGUCUAGUGAUGUCAGUUUCUUUUCUCGUUUGUUUUAGAGUCUGUAGUCUUUGGGCGGUUCGACAUGCCCAUAAGAGCGUCGUUAAUCGUUAUAGACAGUCGAUCACGAAGCUGUGAAGGCUUCGUGUGCGCCAUAUCUGUUCUGUUUAUGUCUCCAAAUGUGGGAGUUGCCGGGUUUUCCCGAGUAGAGGUCGUCGUUGUACCCCCAGUAAAAUGAGUUAUUUUGGGUUCUAAUCUGUAUGGUUUCAAUCGCGUUAAUCUGCCUAGUCUGUCGUUGCAGUAACAAGCGCACCGAUUGCUCAUCUUAAUCAAUGAGUGGAACUCCAUUAACAUUUCUCCUCUCAUAAAAAAGAUGAAACUUAAAACAUUAUUGAAGCGCAAUAAAUGGGGGAAACAAUUCAGUAGUAUGGUGUUGUUUUAAAGGGAGGGCCAAAACAUGGUUUGUUUGCUAAAGUUCAUACAUACAAUCACUCACAUUGUAGUGUUGUCAAGAUACCAGUGUUGUUAUGAUACCUAUGUAUAAUGUAUAUAUUGUUGUGUUACGGCAAAAACAAGACAUGAUACCGUUUAAUUAAUAUUAAUUAGACGUCAAUGCUGUUUAAUUAAUAUUAAUUAGACGUCAAUGCUGUUAUGAUACCUAUGUAUAAUGUAUAUAUUGUUGUGUUACGGCAAAAACAAGACAUGAUACUGUUUAAUUAAUAUUAAUUAGACGACUUUUGUGUCGAUCUUUCUACCCAAAAAAUAAGACAUUCACUAAAAUUAUUGCAGUUUGCCUGGUCAUGAUACUGCUUGACUAUAACAAUUUCCGUGCAACAUUUCAAUCCAUCAUACAAUUUUUUUUAUUAUUGACAAUUAAUUCAUCUGCUCAUUUUUCCAAAAAAUUUCAGAUCCCACAAGUUAUUAACAAAAAGAAAACCCAGAAGAUUUUUGUCAGGAGGGACAAAUUUUGGGGGAUGCCACAUUGAAGAGGAACAUAUCAAGUAAUUUUAUGGUGAGUAACCCGUCCACAUCAGCAUGACAUCAACAUCCCUCUCUCUUCUUGAAAGCUUUUAAUUUUCCCCUCCUUAAUCUUUGACGGACGAUUUCUCACUCGUUUUAUGUCGAGAUUUUUUUUUUUGCACAGUUAGAUUAGAUUAAUUGUUCUCUUCAAAAUGAUAUCCACUUUGAUAUAUUUUUCGAACAAAAAAAAAUUGUGCAAUUUUUUACCAGUAGUCUAUACCAUAUGGUAUUGACUAGUAUUGAAAUAAGAGCAUACAUGUGGUUUGAAAAGCGUACCAUGGUGGUAUGAACAAACCAAGACUAUAGGAUGGUUGAAUACAUGAUAGUAGAAGUAUAUUAACUGUCAUUUACGACUUUUAACAUUGUGUACCACAAGAUACCACCCCGUACCAUGGUGGUAUUGUGUGGUAUUUUUUUGGUCCUGUAAUUUGUUCAACCAGAAAUUUGUAGAUCCAAUAGAUCAUGAUGAACUCGUCCCUUCUGUGCAAACGUUUUCAAAAACGAAGAAAAUACCAUAUGGUAUGCAGUUGGUACCGAGAGGCCAGAAUUUUUUUUCUCAAAAAAUAUUGAAAAUUGAUAUAAUUUUGUAGAGCACGAUGAACUCGUUCCAUCUGUGCAAAAAAAAAAAAGAGUUAAAACGAAAAAAAUAUGAGCCGAUUAAGAAAACUAGAAAAAAUAAAAAAGAUCUUUAAUU